AUGAUUCCCAAGAGAGGGACACACAGAAGAACGAGAUCUACGAUGCCUGAUGAACUGAAUUUGAUGAUUUCAGGGCUAGGAGGUCAAAAAAAUCAAAAUCAGAUGAAUAAUAUAAAGUCAGAUCGAAUCGAUGAUGGAUUAACUCAUAAUCAGUUCCCAAAUAAUACGCAAUAUGUAUUAACGAAUAAUAAGAUGAUAUUCAGAACAUAUCUAGGACAUGAUUAAGAAGUAAUUACGAACGAAACAUUCCAUAAUUAUAACAAGACUAAAGAUAGUAAAUCUUUCAUAAGUACUUACUCAAGUGAUUUGUUUAAUCACUAAAUUGAACCUAUAAUAUCAGAAGAAGAUGCUCAAUAUGAAAGUGAUGUUCCAAUAACCUAAUUGGUAGAUAUAAACGAUAUAAAUUUGAGCAACUAGAAUCUUUUAAGCAUAAAGCCUCAUAUUCUGAUUGACUAAGUUGACAAUACUAAUCAAAUAAAUCAAAUCAUCAGCAAUCGUCAAAAAUUCGAGGAUGAAUAAAAUUAAUAAACUCUUCAAAGCUCGAUUGAUUUUGAAAUAGAAGAAAAUUUUCAAUAAAAUUCAAAAUAAAUGGAUUUUUACAAAUCAUCAAACUCAAACAACAAUACACAUCAACUUCAAUAAAAUAUAUAAGAAAAGUCAUAACCUAAAUGGCAUCCUAAAGAAAACAAUAGUUAUAUGAUUGCUAUUUAGCAAGCUAAAAUCUAUGAGUAAGAUAUGAAUAAGAAAUUCGGAGCAGCCUAAUUAGUCUAGAAAGGGAUCAAUGGUGAUAGGAAUCCGCACGAAAGAGGAAAUAGAUAAUAACUUAAAUAGUGA